AUGAGUACUAUUGAAAAUUUUGAAGACUUUCAAAAUACUUUGAAUUCUUUUAAGGACUUAAAGUCCGGUAUUUCUGGCUCCCGUAUUAAAAAAUUAACUAGUUAUGCACUUGAACAUGUCUCAGAUGAAGACCAAUUAAUGAAGUCAAUCAUCACAUAUGCUCAUAAUUGCAGUAAUACCCAUAAAUUGGGUGCUCUUUAUAUUAUUGAUUCCAUUGGUAGAAUUUAUCUGGACGAGGCAAGAGCCAAAGACCAAUUCAUUAAACCUACCGCACCUGUCGGAUCUUAUGCUCAUGGUGUUUACACCUUGGGCGAAGCUAUACAAGAAUUAUUAGUAGAUGGUAUUAAUAAAAGUGAUGACGAUUACAAGGAAAAAAUACGUAUGUUAAUCGAUAUUUGGGAUAGAUCUGGUCUGUUCCAAAAAGGUUAUCUAAAUGCUGUUAGAGCUAAAUGUUUUAGCAUGGAGGCUCCAACAAAACCUGUAAAUCAAUUGUCAUCUACCACUAAUGACUCAGGUGAAGAAUUACCUGACACUCCAAGGGAAAGAGCUCAAUAUAUCUUGUCUAACAUCCAGAAGUACGACACUGCAUCAUUGCCACAAUUCUUUGUACCAAAUCUAAUUACUUCUACAGAUCCAGUAGAAAGACAACAUGCAUUAGAACAACUUUUAAACGAAAUGAAUAACAAAUUCAACGAUAUGGAAGGAAAAAAUAACGAAGAAAAAAAUCUUGAUAGUAAAGUUCAUGUUCAUAGAACCACGGAAUAUGGUAGUAGACGUGAGAGAGAGAAGCAAUCAAAAAGGACAAGAUCUAGAUCACCAAGAAGAGAUGAGCCACAAAGUUACUCAUCUCAAAAUAAUAAUAAUAUGGGUUACGAUUCCAAUAGUUCAAAUUAUGGUGGUUUAAGACCUAAUCAAAGUUUUGGUGCUAAUAACCAUCACCUUUAUCCCGAUGAAUCUAACGUGCCGGAAAAUCCUCAUUAUCGUCCAAAACCUAUCAGCUAUGAUAACACCCUCCCACCUGAUACGGUUAAAGUAUAUUCAAGAACUUUGUUCAUCGGCGGUGUUCCAAUGCAUAUGAAAGAAUGGGAUUUAGCUAGUUUAAUAAAGCCAUUUGCUGAAGUUCAGAGUGUUAUUUUGAAUCAUAGUAGAAAACAUGCAUUUGUUAAAGUUUAUUCAAGACGUGAAGCUGAAAAUGCCUUCAUGAAUUUCAAUAAAGAUGGUGCUUUAGCAUUAAGAACCCGUUGGGGUGUUGGCUUUGGACCAAGAGAUUGUUGUGAUUAUCAAAGUGGUAGUAGUAACAUUCCACUUCAUAGGUUGACUGACGCUGACAAAAAAUGGUCUGUCGAAGCUGAAUGGGGUGGUACAGGUGGCCAACCAUUAGUUCCAGGUAUCGCAUUCGAGGAGCCUGAUAUUGUGGUUGGUGAAGGUAUUUCAUCAAAGUCCAUGUCUCAAAAGAUGCCAACUGAUACUAAUGCGAACGGACCAACUUCUAAUAGUAUGCAAUAUAAGGCACCACCACCUCCUCAUCAACAACAAAACAUGUAUGGUAACAUGCAACAUAUGCCACCUCAAGAAAUGUAUGGUGCUCCUCCACCACCCCCACAAUUACAACAAGGUCAAAUCGAUAUGUUUGGCAACAAUAUGGUUUCUCAACCACCAAAUGCAUACCCACCACAAAUGACAUCACCUCCAAUUCCUCAGGGUUCCAGCUAUCCUAUCCAAGAAACUAAUCCACCUCCUCAAAACCAAAGUAAUGUUGAUCCAACUGCUCAAUUGAAUUCCUUAAUGAGCAUGAUCAAUCAACAACAACAACGCUGA